AUGGUGGAGGAGACAGUAGCUGAAGCCAUUGAGGCUAACCUGGAGAGAGCUGACUCAGCUACCGUGGACAUGGAUAUGGUGGAGGAUGUGGCAGAAAAUGGUGUGAAGCGAGCUCGAGAGGGAGAGGAGGAGGAAAACGAAGAUCUAUUGAAGAAGCAGAAGAGAAGAGGGAAGGGAGAGGGAGAGGGAGAGGAGAAGGAAGAGAAGAAGGAAGAGGAGGAGAAGUCUGGACCGGUCAGCUUGGGUCCUAAGAGUUUCGGAUCAGCAGUGGAGAUGUUUGAUUAUUUCUACAAUUUCCUCCAUCAGUGGCCUCCCAAUAUUAAAGUCAACAAGUAUGAGCACAUGGUGCUGGUGGACUUGCUUAAGACUGGUCACUCAGAGCCUGACAAAAAGAUUGGUAGUGGCAUCCAAGCUUUCCAAGUUCGGUUUCAUCCAAGGUUUAAGAGUCGGUGCUUAUUCCUAAUUAGGGAUGAUGACUCUGUUGAUGAUUUCAGCUUUAGGAAGUGUGUGGAUCACAUACUUCCGCUGCCCGAGGACUUGAAAGUAAAAUCUGACAACUUUCUAGGUGGAGGUAAGGGUCACGGAGGGAAAGGUGGUCCUGGUGGAAGAGGUGGCCGAGGCCGUGGCCGUGGUUAUGGAAGAGGUGGUAGAUCAAGGAACUGAUGAAUCAUAGAAGACAAUUGAGGAUCACAUGUUUUUCUUCUUAUUGUCUAGCUAAGCUAUUCUCUCCGAUCCAAGUUUUGACUGUUAAAUUCUUAUAGUUUAAUGCCUUUUCAUGUGGCCUUAGAGAUCGUCUGUUUUUGCCGCUUCAAUUUAUUACUUGUCCGAGCUGUUCCUUUUGCUCUA